GAGAGAGAGAGAGAGUGUGUGAGGUGUGGGGUAAAGAGAGAAAAAGAGAGAGAUUGAAUGUUCGGCGUGCAACUUCCGAAGAAAACCUCAAAAAGAAAUUUGACACCUCUCUCACAGCCACAAUAUAAAUCCCCAACGACAGUCGGAAAACACUCUCUUCCUCUCUCUCUCUCUUCUCUGCCUAUGAGAGACGUCACACAGAAAUAGUACCAGGCACCCAUAGUCUUCUCACAGAACACGCGCGCACAGUCAGUCCUGCAGUUUCAUCACCACCACCAUUCUCUCUUUCUCUCUUCAUCGCCGAUCCUGCCCCCUACAAUCUCCUCCCUGUUUGUAGCGUCGGGCUGCGUCUAAAAGAAAACCAAAGGAAAAUAAACAACACUCAAGCAUUGGAAGAACCCGCCUCUGUCACACACACAAACACACACACACAGGCACGCACUGUUUUUUGAUCAAUCACAAUCCCGCUCAUCGUCUUCGAAGACGUAUCCUUUUCUUCCCACCCUCUAGUGAGCUUGAUCAUCUUUUUCCUCUUGUUGGGUGUCAGUUUUCUGGUCCAGUCUACGCAGUGCAAGCCUCCCACUUGGUGUCUUUCCUGCCAUCGAAGGACAGGGCACAAGGUCUCUGAUCCUCCAGAUAGAGAAACGAGUCGUCUUCGUGGUUUUCGUUGCGCUUCUGACACUUUUUGGCUUGGGUGGUCUUUAGGGUUUCUGAGGAUUGGGAUCGAGGAAAGAUUUCUAUGGUGGUCCUCAAAGGUUUGGAAUAAGAUCAAAAUUUUGCGGCAAAAACGGCCAAGAGGGAACGGAUUCCAGUCUUUAUUAGCCCCUGUAAUUUUGUCUCUGAUUUGGAGAUUUUUGGAAGAUUGAGAUUGAUUCAAAGAUGAGAGUCGGUUAGGAUAUUUGGAAGCGCCCGCACCAGGGAGGAAAAAAUAUCUCAGGAUCAGGGUUUCGAAUGCCGUCGAUUAACUAUCCAUUUGUUCCAACCGUUGCAGCAGAGACGGCUAAUUCAGAAUUGGGAUGAGGAUCACCUGGGAAAGUUUCUUCUGUGCCAAACAGAUGCAGUGAUUUGAUUCUGAAGAGGUCGCUCUCAGAGAAGCAGUACCUGUCUGAAUCAGUGUUGUUGUCGGAGCUCAUCUCGCAGGCUCCUUUUGUGAUUUUGGUACUGGGAAAUGCUUAACCUGCGACUAUUGAAGGUGAGUCUGUUGGGAGGUAAACCGUUGAUGGUUCUGCGCAGUGCAGAACUAAGAACGAACCAUCGGAUUUUCAAGUGCCAUUUUGGGGUUCUCAUAAAAGAAUCAGCUCCUGCAGAGUGUGAUUCUAGAAAGUAGCUUUGACUUGCCUGUAAUUCUUUCAGGUAAGGAAUUGGUUUCUAUACUCACCGAAGGACGUUAGCUGCAAUUUGAGUUCGUUGUGCAAUUGGGUUGCGAGUGUUGCUAUUUGAUCAUAAAAGGGUCUUAGCUCUCAGAUGGGGAUCUGAGAGAGAAAAUUGAAGCUAUUCUGAAGUUGGAAAUGAAACUGGGGAUAUGGUGGAUGAACAAGAGAAUGAGCAGAGGUCGGUUCCCCGUUUGGAACAGCAUUAUUUGAAAUUAGCUAGAUUUGCUUGCUCGCUGGAAGGAGAAUUCAUUUCUGAUCCAAGUGCCGUGUGCGAUGUCUCGUUGCUUUCCAUUUCCACCACCAGGAUAUGAGAAGAAAACAAGAACUGGAGAAUUAGAUUUGUUACUAAAGGAAAAACAGAGGGAGAAAAAGCAUAAGAAAGAAAAGGAAAAGAAAGAGAGAAAAGAGAAUAGGGAGAAAGAUGGAAGCAAGGAAAAGCACAGAGAUAAGGACCGGAAGGAGAGGCAUAAGGACAGAAAGAGAGAGAAGGAUAGAGAAAAGGACAAACAUAAGGCAAGAGAUGAUGAGAAAAUUAAAGGAAGAACAACAAAUGAUACUACUGGGAAAGGUGUGGAGAAACACCAGGUGGCAGACGAGAAAAGAUUUGCAGAUGAGUUCAUCAGGAGGAUCAGAGAUGAUGGAAGAAAUGCGGGCGAUCAAAUGGUUGAGAAGUUUAAUGGGGGGGAUCAUAGACAAAUUGAAGUCUCAGAUAAGGCAAAAAAAAUUGAGGUUAAAGAAAAGAACAAAGAAAUACAGAUUGAAGGGCUUGAUACGGCAAGAAUCAUUGGGGUUAAGGACAAGAACAAAGACAAACGAACUGAGGGAAUUGAUAUGCCAAGGGAGAGCCUUGACAUUAAAGAGAAGAACAAACAGCAAGGAACUUUGGGAAUUGAGAGGCCAAACAAAGAUGUGGGUAAGAACAAGAUCAAGGAAAAGCAAGUCGAAGGAAUUUAUAGGCCAAAGGAGGAUGGUAUGGAUAAAGAUAAGAACAGAGAACGGCGAGUUCAGGGAAUUGAGAGGCCAAAGGAGGAAGUUGUGGGCAAUCACAGUAAUAGAGAAUGGCAAGUCCACGGAAUUGGUAGACCAAAGGAAGAUAUUCUGGGUAAAGACAAGAAUAAAGAAUGGUGGGUUGAAGGAAUUGAUGGGCCAAAAGACGCCAAGACAAAAGAGAAGAAAAAAGGAAAGGAAGGUGACAGUAAAAAUAAAGAGAGACACAAGGAUGGAGGUCAACAACGGGAUGAGAAGAAAGGUAAAUCAAAAGCCAAGAGCAGGGAAAAAGAAAAGGAAAAAGAGAAAGUAAAGGAAGUUCUUGUCGGUAAACUGACAGAGAAAGAGGGCAUUGUUAAUACGCUGAUAGAACAGAAGCCAGGAGAAAGUGGCAAUAAAUUGCUGUCUGGUACUGUCAGUGUUGCUGCAGCAGGCCACACAAAGAAUGCUGCUAAAAUUGCUGGUGUUUCUACUACAGGCCAUGCAAAGGACACUUCUAAAACUGCUAGUGUUGAUCCAAAUGUCCGAAAGAGAAAGGAAAUGGAGAUAAACGGUGUUUUACAUGAUGGAAUCCGGCCUCAUAAGCUUCUGAGACCAAAUUUUGGCACCGCUUUGCCACUUGAAAAUGGUUACAAAGUAGAGACUGUCCAUAUUGGUGUUCAUCAAGCUCUUGACAGACAGGGAGGUCUCGAUAACAGAAAGCCCGAGAGCAUUGCUUACAGCAAUUCAUGUGCCCUCUCUCCACUCAGGAAAGAACAUAAAAUCAAUGGCAAAAUAGAACCUCAGCUGCUUACCGUUAGCCUGAAACCUUCUGCAUCUGCUACUGUUGUGGCCACCGGCACUGGCACGUCGGAAUCUAGCAAACCUCCCCACCCUGACUCUAAAUAUCUAAAUCAAAUUCUUACCGUGCCCAAAAUGCCUGAAUGGUCUGAAUUUGAUGACCAGGAGUGGCUGUUCAGCAGCAGUGAUGCCCAGUCUAAACGAAGUUUCCAAUCGGAGAUUGAUGGGAUGCCACAAGUGUGGUCUGAGGCAUUGCACAUUGAGACAGCUGAUAUGCAUGCUUUGCCAUAUGUGAUUCCGUAUUGAGAGCUGGGGAGGUUUCAACAUAUUCAAUGCUACUCCUCAGCAGUUGAAGGAAUGGAUCUUGAAGAUGAAAGCCCAUUUAUCUGCAAGGUUGUUCUGUGCACAGGCUGCAAUAAUGAUCUGCCCUUGGUUAGUCCCCAUAUUCUUUUUGAGCCUAUAUGCUCUGAUUUGGAAGCUGAAAGUGGUCAUGGUGGUGCCACACAAUUUUGAUUUGUAACAUAGAAGUCUUUAGUACGUGAGAUAUGUACAAUAGGGAAAAAAUGAAAUGCCAUUCAUUUAUGUUUUUUUUCUUUUGCUCUAA